AUGGUGACAACGUUCUUUCAAACUGAAUGGAAGCUGCAUGGACAAGAAGCAUCAGCUUAUUCACAAUGUGCUUGGGAAGAGGUUGAACCUGGUCAUUAUGAAUAUCCAUUUGCAUUGAAGUUUCCAAAUGUCAAUUAUCCUCCUUCCAUGGAAGAGCCCGCUGGUUUCGGAGUUCGCUAUAUAUGGACAGCAAUAGCAGAUGGACCGGCUUUACAAUCAGGUAUAAAGAGUAGAGAGUAUAUCACUCCUUACAGGCCUAUCAUCGUAUCAUCACCAGACAAGGAGUGGGUAUACAAAACAACUUUAAUAAAAGAUAAGAAACAGCCAUUAGCAGAGGUACAAGCGAAAUUGGAUAAGCAGACGUAUUGUCCAGAUGAGCUUUUUAGAAUGCAGUUGAAUAUGACAGUACUUCAUUCUGAUGCAAAAAUCACUAGUGUGGCAUAUAAAUUCCGUAAACACCAUGAGGGUAAAAUGCUGGUUCAACAAGGUACGGCAUUCAAAGAAAGCAUUCGCACCAUCCAUCAAGAAUCUGUCAAUCUACCUACCGGCCCUAGUUCAAAUGCUGGCAACGGUACACAAUUAUCUCAAAAUAUUCAAUUCGAUGUGCCCACUCGCCUUGUGUCACCUUCAUUCAUUUCACGCCACACUCGCGUUUACUACGACCUUUACUUUCAGGUGACCGUUGAGCAAGGACAUAUUUUCAAAUCAGCACAUGUCAGUGAAUUUUCUAUCCCUCUCAGUAUUGCUAAUCUUCCUAACGACCAGUUACUUCGAAUUCGCGAUAUAACCUCCAUUCAACACUACCGUGAAUCCUUGGAAUGUCCGCUCUUCUUUGAUGCUGAUUUGGACGAGCCACCUGCACCGCAAGGAUUGCCCAGUGAAUUGAUCGGUCCUUUAACAGCUGCCUUAAUGCAGACGCCCAAUAAUGGCAAUGGUAACAGUGAAGAACAACCGCCUAGUUAUUUCAGCUUACCUGAAUUACCACCGCAAUUCGAGGUUAGAAAGGAACGAAAAGAGAAAACAGUGUUUAUGUCAAGACAAGCGCGCGGCGCUCAUGGAGCAGAAUUAGGGGAGGCUACCAUUAUUCCUGGUUUAUUUGAUGAAGAAUGGUAG